AUGGAUUGGGUGCAUAGAACAAAACCCUUGCUUUCUUGCACAUUUUAGCAAGUAAAAUGCAAAAACCGAAAGUCCUCCAUUGACACUAUCGUCUCCUCGCCAGUAGCCUCUGCUGAAUUCAGUCUGGUGCAUCUUUUCUCAGGUCAGUGAUCACCAUUCCUUUAUAUCUUCCUUCUCAUUAGUUCAUUUUCCCGUGAAAGUUAUUUCCUUUUUACCCUUCGAGAAAUUCUUCUUUUUCCGAGAAAAUAUAGGUUCAUGUUCAUGAACUCCUCAAAUGGCUGUAAAGCUCUCACCUUUAGCAAUUUCCAAGAGAAUCCCCAAAUGGGUCACUCUCAAUGCAUUCAUUUCUUCAGUUUCAUGUGCUAAUACCAUCGAAAUUUUCCCUGAAAACAAUCAAAAUCCACUGAACUCAUCUGACUAUGAACAAAAUGUUAACUUUUUAAGGAAUAAGCUUGCCCCGGAUAACUUAAUCCGGGUUUUGGAUAACACCAGUGAUUUGAACUCAGCAGUGAGGAUAUUCAAAUGGGCUGCUCUCCAAAAAAGGUUCCACCAUACCACUGAUACGUAUUAUUGGAUAAUUCUGAAGCUGGGUUUGGCUGGAAAUGUUAAGGAAAUGGAAGGUUUUUGUCAGAAUAUGGUGAAAGAUAGGUGUCCUGGUGUUGAGGAAGCUCUUGUGGCAUUAAUUAAUACCUUUGUUAGGCAUGGUAGGCCGAGUGAAGCUAUUCGAGUUCUUGUUAAUAUGAACUUGGGUGGUUAUAAGCCCUCUAUAGAUGCAUUUAAUGCUGUAUUGGGUGCUGUUGUGGAGGAGAAGAGGGAAUUUCAAGAUGUGAUGUUCGUUUAUAAGGAAAUAGUGAAAGCCGGAAUUGUACCAACAGUUGAUAGUUUGAAUUAUUUGUUGCAGGCUUUGUUUGGGACCAAUAAGGUUGAGUCUGCUUUGGAUCAGUUUAGAAGAAUGAACAAGAAAGGAUGCAAUCCUAAUAGCAGGACCUUUGAGAUAGUCAUAAAGGGUCUUGUUGAGAAAAACCGAGUGGAUGAAGCUGUUAAUGUUUUAGGUGAAAUGUUUGAAUUUGGGUGUCAGCCUGAUUUGAGUUUUUAUACCUGUAUAAUACCUUUAUUUUGUAGGGAGAAUAAACCAGGGGAGGGGAUUAGGUUGUUUGGAUUAAUGAGAGCUUCUAACUUUGUUCCUGAUUCAUUUGUUUACGAGGGUCUAAUACGGUGUUUGUGUGAGAACCUUUUGCUGGAUGAUGCAUUGAACAUUUUCAAAGAGAUGAUAAUUAGUGAUACAAAGCCGGCUGAUAAUGUGUAUUUGGAUAUAGUAAAUGGAUUGUGUACAUUAGGGAAAAUAAAUGAAGCUAUAGAGUUCUUGGAGGAGAAUGAUGUUUCUGAAACUUCUUUACACAAUAUAUUGCUUGAAGUUUGUUGCAGUUCUGGUAAAUUUUCAGUGGCAAAAGGCCUACUUGAGAAAAUGUCUGAAAAGAACAUAGCCAACUGUGAUUCUUGGAAUUUUCUUAUCAGAUGGCUUUGUGAGAAUGAGGGUAUCAGGAAGGCAUUUGAACUUCUUGGAAAAAUGAUUGUUUCUUCAUUUAUUCCUGAUUGUGCCACGUACUUGGCUCUAGUUAUUGGCAACUGUAAAUUGAACAAGCAUGAUGAUGCUUUGAAGCUGUUUCAUGAGAUUCGUGCUAAAUGCUGGAUUUUGGAUUCUAAAUCUUAUUCCGAGCUGAUCAAUGGCCUAUGCCAGGUGGAAAGGACUCUAGAAGCUGCUGAAGUGUUUUAUUAUAUGUCUAGUAAUAAAUUCCCUCUUCAAUCUUCCUCAUUUGAUAUGUUGAUCAAGGGUAUUUGUGCCACGGCAGAAGUUGAUCAAGCAAUAAAGUUAUGGCAGUUGGCUUACUAUUCUGGCACUUCUUGUAAUAAUGGAACUUACAGUACAAUUAUGCUUGAGUUAUCUAAAUUAGACAGGGCAAAAGAUGUGUUAGUAGUUUUCUCACAAAUGCUGAUACGGGGUUGCAGUCUUGAUCAGGAAGUGUAUAGCUUCCUCAUACAAAGCAUGAGUUCACUUAAUCGUAUAAAGGAGUGUGUCUUCUAUUUUAACAUGAUGGUUAAUGAGGGUUGGGUACCUGAUUCUAAAAGACUAUUUGAUCUUCUUUUGUGUAUAUCCAACCAUUCUCAAUUGUGUGUGGUUUCAAGUGCGAUCAAUAAACUUAUUUCUAAUUCUGAAAUUCUAAAUCCUGAAAUUUACAACAUUUUGAUUAAUGGCUUCUGGAAAGAGGGUAAUAAAUGUGAAGCUUGUCGCUUACUGGAUUUGAUGUUGGAAAGAGGUUGGGUCCCAGAUGCUACUACUCAUGGAUUGUUGGUUGGAUCUAUUGCUAGAGAGGAAGCAGACAGGGGGGCAUAUGCCCAUGAUGAUUCCACCGCACAAGAUGCUGUUUGUAGCAUACUUACUGAGGGCUUAGGAAAUACGUGAUGUACCCACUUAAAGUAGGCAUGGACAAAGACAAUGGCUGUUCCUCGUGAACCCUGAUAAUCAGAACUAUAAUGAGUGGCAAAAAGAUGUUAUACUAUGUUCAGUGAGAAAGAGCUGUAUUCUUUUUUCUUCAUGCAGCGAUGUAGGUGCUCAUAAGGGCAAUGACAUCCUCAAGGUUGUUACAAAGGGUCUGAGAGAAAAUUGUCAGAUUGAGGAGGAGACGCAAGCUUUUGUGUAUAGCAACUAAUGGCUUGAGGCUGAAGCUGCAAUAGUACAAAACUUGUGCCUUAAGCAUGGAAUUUGAUGUGUUGGAUGGGUGCAAAUCAAUCAAAAAAUACUGGACCACUUUCCCUUAAUUCUGAUCUCUUCUGCUAUCAGGUAAUAGGAGAGCUUGUCCAGAAAAAAAAAAAUUGUGUCAGGAAAGCUAUCUGAAUGUGGAGAUUGAUGGUGUUUGUAAGGUUUCAUUCACCGUGACCAAUCAUGGGACAUUAUUGUUGGAUGCCAAAACUACAAAUUCUGCACCCAUAUGUAUGAAUGGUAUUUAAUGGUUUGUUUAAAAAUGUCAAGGCUUACAUAGGGAAUAGGUCUUUAUUUUAAGAUGUAAGCUUGAAGGUUGAAGGCUCAAAUAAAAGAAUAAGAGUGUUAAUUUUUUGUGUA